UAAUAAAACUUUAAACAUUAACUUAGACAUUUACUUUUACUACAGUAAAUUUGAUUUGAAAACCUUUUUUCAUUAUGUUUAAUUGAUUUGAAGUACUUUUACUUCACAGUUUUGGGAUAAUCUCCCCUCCCCUGGUGUACAGUCACGUGACAGACCCAAGCUCGCGGGUUUUGACCCCCCACCUCCAUAUGCUCCUGGCUUCAGACGGAACUUCCCCUCUAUCAAUCUAAUCCCGGCCGCUGAUGAAGGAUUACAGCUCCCUUGUGCUGCUUAUUUGCCGCGCGGCUGUUGUGACCUCGGGCUUGUGUGCGCGCGCCAGCCUGGCGCGCGGGGACAGCUUCAAGCAUUUGAAUAGACGUUUCUGCGCAACAUGCAAAUGCGGCUGCGCUCUCGAUCUCAGCGCGCGCGGCAAGUGAAGGUGAGCAACUUGUUUCAUUUUUCUAUUCCUAAUUUUUACAUUUAUUUUAUUUUAUUUUAAGAAUAAAAAUACUUGUAUCUGUGGCGUCUUUACGCCCACUCAUAUUUAUAAAAAAAAAAAAAAAAAGAACAGGGGUGGGUGCAGCCCCUCCAGUGAAAACAAGAAGUCAGCUGAGCUGCUGUGGUUCCUCUUCAGCAGUGAAACGCACUCCACUCCACGCACUUCCUCCUCCGACAGCAGUCCACCGCGCGUGUCUGCGCACCUUGAUCCUGAGCGGGAAGGAUGGAACCCCCCAAACAGACGUGAGGAGUACGGACCCCCCAGUCGCCUUCAUCCCCACAGUUAAAAAAAGAAAAGAAAAAGCGAGGAGAAGUUUCUGAGAGGUAGUGAAGCGGCGCAAGCGCGGAAGUGAGCUGUUAUCAUAUUGCUGAGGCUCUGCUGUUUCCAACAACACGGCAUCAUGGGCUGCAUCGGCUCAAAGAAGGAGCAGGAGAUUCCCAUGAAGGAGAACGGCAGCAGCGAGCAGGGCCGAGCACCCCCCGGACACUAUGUCAAAGACCCCACCUCCGGAAAGAAAGCUGCCAAAAGCCCCGGAGCCAAUGCUUCAGAAGGUGAGAGUGUUGCCAUUGCAUUGUACGAUUACGAGGCUAUUCACGAGGGAGACCUGGGCUUCAAGAAGGGGGACAGGCUGAAAAUCUUGGAAGAAUCAGGGGAGUGGUGGAAAGCCAAGUCCAUCAGCUCUGGUCAGGAAGGCUUCAUCCCCAGUAAUUACGUCGCCAAAGAUACUCUGGAGACAGAAGAGUGGUUUUUUAAGGGGGUAAGUCGGAAAGAUGCCGAGAGGCAGUUGCUGGCCUCUGGGAACAAAGUUGGCUCCUUCAUGAUCCGAGACAGCGAGACCACAAAAGGAAGCUACUCCCUUUCAGUGAGAGACCACGAUCCCCAAGCCGGGGACACAGUUAAACAUUAUAAAAUCAGAACACUGGAUAACGGAGGGUUCUACAUCUCACCCCGCAUCACCUUUGGAACCCUGCAGGAACUGGUCGGCCAUUACAAGAAGCAAGGAGAUGGUCUCUGUCAGUCCCUGACCUCCCCAUGUCUGAGCCCAAAACCUGAGAAGCCCUGGGAGAAAGAUGCAUGGGAAAUCCCGCGAUCUUCUCUCAAGCUGGAUAAGAGGCUCGGUGCUGGACAGUUUGGAGAAGUCUGGAUGGCCACUUAUAAUAAGCACACCAAGGUAGCAGUGAAAACCAUGAAGCCAGGCAGCAUGUCUGUGGAAGCCUUCAUGAUGGAGGCUAAUCUGAUGAAGAGACUGCAGCACGACAAACUGGUUCGACUGAACGCCGUGGUCACCAAGGAGGAGCCCAUCUACAUCAUCACUGAAUACAUGGAAAAAGGGAGUCUGCUGGACUUCUUAAAAAGUGAUGAAGGGAACCGGGUUCAGCUUCCAAAGCUCAUCGACUUCUCUGCUCAGAUUGCAGAGGGAAUGGCUUACAUUGAGCAGAAUAACUACAUUCACAGAGACCUGCGAGCCGCCAACAUCCUGGUCAACAAGGCUUUAGUUUGCAAGAUUGCAGACUUCGGGUUAGCUCGUAUCAUUGAGGAUAACGAGUACACAGCUCGGGAAGGAGCCAAAUUCCCCAUCAAGUGGACCGCUCCAGAAGCCAUUAACUACGGCUCUUUCACAAUUAAAUCUGACGUCUGGUCUUUCGGGAUUCUGCUGACGGAGAUCAUCAGCUAUGGACGCACUCCAUACCCUGGGAUGACUAACCCAGAAGUGAUCCGCUCCCUGGAGAAAGGCUACCGAAUGCAGCGCUUGGAGAGCUGUCCCACCGAACUCUAUGAAAUAAUGCUGGAGUGCUGGAAAAACAAAGCCGAGGAGCGUCCCACCUUCGACUACCUGCAGAGCGUUCUGGAAGAUUUCUUCACAGCCACAGAGAGCCAGUAUCAGCAGCAGCCUUGAGUCGCAGCACAUUUGUUUCUUUUAUGUGUUUAGUACGUUUUGCAUCCCCAGGUGAUGGUCAGGACACCGAGCCCUUUCAUUUAUCCCUCUCUGUCUUUUCAUUAAAAAACAGAAAAAAAUGUCUAAAAAUCACACAGCGGUCAUUUUCCAUGCAUUCAGGAAUAAGCAAUAAGGAGUAACCACUGUUUCAUUUCAUUACCUCUUAACUAAAAAAAAGUUGAUAUUUUUAUAUUUAAAAAUAUGAGAUUUUAUCACCAAAGAUGUUUUUUUUUUCUUUUUGGAAGAAAAAUAAACCAUCUGUCUGAAAAAAGUUAGAUCAACAAAAAUUUACACCAAACGUGAUUUUAAUGUUAAAUCAUUAUACAGAUGUAACUAAUGUUCAGCAUCAGGCGCCACGGCCUGUCUGUAGCACAUUAAUGUGAAAAUUCUGACGUUUCCUGAGUUCAAAUAUCUGAACUUUGGCGAAUAAUUUGUUUCACAUCAACCAGUCAGGAACUUCAGCCUGAUGAUGAUGUCAUUAGCGGGUGGAGUCCAACAUGGAGGAGAAUCUGAUCAUUCUCAUUGUUGGAGACAACAAUAAAAAGGUCGUGUAAUUUUACUUUUUUUAUUUUCAACUUCAUCUAAAAGUCCUCAGAUAGUUGUCAAAUUGGGUCACAGAGAGACAGAAGUACUGCUGAAAGUGGCCACCAUUGCAGUAGCUGGUGAAUCUCACUGUAUUGACAGUCUCUGAAUGAACCCAGACUUAGAGACGAGAUUACAGACGCUGUGUCUUCGGUGUGGCAAUGAGACUAAAAACUGUUCACAGUAGCCCCUCCCACAUGUGGCGAUUUAUGAACACAUUUUUGGACAAGCGUCAAGCAGCAAAUUUGAUGCACAUGUUGAAAAAAUAUGAAAUAUUCACUGAUGUGACAGCAAAGAUUUUAACUUCUUACUAUUUACCAGUGAUACGAAUGUGAAUUACCUUUUUAUUUUUCACCUUGUCCUCUUGGGUUUGGAAAUCUGUCCUCCAUAAAUCACGUCCUUUUAUCGGUUCAGUAAAAUCCGGCUUUCCAAAAUCCAGUUUUUCCAAGCAGUUUGGGUUGUUAAAAAUAUUCAGACCCAGCUUACUGUAAAUAUUUUAUUACAUCGAAUGUUUUAUUGCGCCUUGUUUCAAAUCGUUGGGAAUGGGACCAUAAUUCCUGCCAUUUAUUCCAAUGCAUCAGCUUUAAACCAGCUCCUUUUUCCAGCUGCAGGCAUAUUUAAACCUCAUGCACUUGUUUAUAAUUUUAUGAUUCUAUUUUUCUUUCUCUAUUUAAACAGAAAACGCAUCAUCACUUGGUUUUGCUAUUUCAUCUACUUUUUUGAGUUUUUUUAAACAUCAGUUUAUAAUAGAUUUGUUUUUCCUUUGAUAAAAAGUUCUGUUUAUUUUCACCUAAAAUGGAACACAAAUAUCUGCAAAGCAAUCGUGCAAACCUCCGAUCGGUCUAAUCAAUCAAACUGUGGCAUCAUCAGGACUUCUGCUAGCAAAAACAUUUCCAUUAUACAAACAGUUUUCCAAAAUGGCACUCUUUUAGUUUAAAAGAAGCAUUGCAGCUCAUAAAUGCCUUAUUUCUUCUACUAAUAUCAUAUGUCAACAUGUAUAUUAUAAUGUUUUCAAAAUAAAAUGUGGGUUGCAAGGCAGAAAUUCCUUUUCUUGUCGCCACAGCAAAGAGUAAAAACAGUUUUUUUGAACAUGAAAUAAUUUGAAGGCUUUUGUCUCAGAAAAACUCUUAGCAGUUGUUAAAUUUAAAGAUGAAAAUCAUUGUUUAUUCAGACAUUGUGGUAGGACACAGAAAGGUUGUCAUUUAUUUUUAUUUUUAUUUUUGCAAAUCUUUUUUAUUAUAUUGAAUUGUGCUUAUUUUACCACACAGUGCCUUCUCAAAUUGGAGAUAAUACAGUAGCUGGUCCUCAAAGUGUCGCAGAAUUUUAGUGUUUUUCAAUUAAAAUAUAUAUUUUUAUUGCUGUGUAACUUAUUCUUAAAAGAUGCAUAAAUGUGCAAAGCUGAAUCUAAAAUGUACUUAUUUCAAUAAUGUGGUGACUGGAGCAGCAUUUUAUUCCCAAGAGCUUUUUUAUGUUAGAAUGUUUAUGUUAAUAACUAAUGACUGCAACUUUCUCCUUCACUGCAGCAUCAAUGUCUUUCUCGUAUAUUAUUUGAAUCUUCAUAAUGUUUUUUGCACAUUUAAACUGUUUGGUGACAUCAAAUCAGAGAAAUUUAAAGGGAAGACGUAAGAAUGCAAUAAUUGAUUAUUUUGUUCUGGCUUAUAUUGACCAACUAUCAAAAUCUGUGAGCCAAAGAUCUGAGAGGUUUGCGCUUUUCUUAAAUUAUUAUGAUUAAAAGAAUUUGCAAAGUUCUGUAUAUAAUCAUAGGAAUAUGUUUAUUUUUGUUCAUUUUCUCUACCAAUAUGAAUCUUUUUGCAGCAUCUGCACUUAAAAUGUUGAAAUAAAUAGUUUUGAAAGAACA